CAAGGUCAUUGAAAACAAACAUGGCGUUUGCAGCAAAGGUUGCUUCUUCGGCUCCUGUAAAACAACUUGCUGAUAUUCCAAAAUGGCAGUUGGCUUUGCGUAGAUGGGCUUAUAAGCUGAGCAACUUUGGAAGAAUGGGUGUGUACACGGAUGAUAUAUUGAUUGUUACACCAGAAAUUGAAGAAGCUUUGAAAAGAUUACCUCAGGAUGUGUUGGAUGCCCGAAAUUUCAGACUAACUAGAGCUCUUCAUUUAUCUCAACAUAAGGAAUAUUUACCCAAAUCUGAACAACACACUUGGGACGAUGAUGUACGAUAUUUAAAUCCCUACAUUGAGCAGGUCAGGAGAGAAAAUAUCCAGAAAGAAUCAUGGGCCAAAAUUGAAAAAGGGGAUAAAUAACAAGCGCCAUUGAAGAAACCGAAAAAUAACUUAAAGGAAGCCUUUUGAUGCAAACUGUGACCUGAAACAUUUUGAAAAUAAAAAAAAUUGUAUUUAAGGACUUAUUUCUAAUAUUAAGGUCAUUUCUGUAACAAAUUGGCUUUGAAAUAAAUAAUGUCUUAGAAUGUUUGGAUAAGUUAUCCUUAAGUUUAUUUUUUAAGUAAUAUGAUGACAUUUGGUUUGAAAGAAUUUGUAUUGUGUAAAUUUAUUAAAUUAUAUAGACUAAGAAUGAC